CGCAGUGGAAUAUAUACAAAAUUGAGCACUGUCGCUCCGGCCUUCACCCCUCACAACCCUCUGCACCCUUUCAAUGGCUGACAAAACCAAGUGCCCGCCUCUCACGCGCGACUCGGUCAUCGCCGCCCACGAGGCCAUCAAGCCGCACAUCCACCGCACCCCCGUGCUCACCAGCCGCACGCUGUCGGGCUUCGCGUCGACGCCGCAGACACCCGAUGACCUGAAGGGCACCGAGUAUGAGGGCCAGGCGCCCGCCCGCCCCAAGAUGAACCUCUUCUUCAAGUGCGAGAACUACCAGCGCGUCGGCGCCUUCAAGGCCAGAGGCGCCUUUCACGCUCUCUCGCGCUUGACUGACGAGGAGUUGAGCCGCGGCGUGGUGACGCACAGCUCUGGCAACCACGCCGCAGCCCUCGCCCUCGCCGCCCGCACCCGCGGCGUAAAAGCCUACAUCGUAAUGCCCACAAUCUCGACGCCCUCCAAAAUCGCCGCCACGCGCGGCCACGGCGCGGAGAUCAUCUUCAGCGGCUCGACAUCUGAAGAGCGAGAAGCAGUAGUCGAGGAAGUGAUUGCGCGGACGGGGGCGCUGCUCGUGCCGCCCUACGACCACCCCGACAUCAUGCUAGGGCAAGGCACGCUCGCGCUGGAAUUCGAGCAGCAAACGCAAGAGCUGGUAGCCGCGACACCCACACUCAGCAUCACGGGCGCGGGCGCCCUCGACGCCGUCAUCGCCCCCUGCGGCGGCGGCGGCAUGCUCUCGGGCGUCGCGACCGCGCUCGCCGGCACCGGCACCCGCGUCUUUGGCGCCGAGCCCGCGUUCCAGGGCGCGGACGACGCGCGCCGCGGCCUCGCGCAGGGCAGGCGCAUCACGUCCGUCAAGUCGCUGACGAUUGCGGAUGGGGUGCGCACGCCUGUGGGCGAGAUCCCGUGGUCCGUUAUUAGCGACCCUAGUAAAUUGCGUGCCAUCUUCGCUGUCUCUGAGGAGCAGAUCAAGUCCGCUAUGCGCCUGCUGCUGGAGCGCAUGAAGGCGUUUGUCGAACCCACGGCUGCGCUGGGCUUGGCCGUGUGCUUGUACAAUGAGGAGUUUCGCCGGCUUGUGGAGCGCGAGGCUGGAGACAAGGGCUGGAAUGUCGGUGUUGUGUUGAGUGGGGGGAACACUACCAUGGAGGCUAUCAGCAAGCUCUUCUCUGCGCCGGCGCCCGAGGCGGAAAGAGCCGAGGGCGUGCUUGGGAAGCAGGGUGAGCGGGUCGCAGAGAAUGUUGCUGGGUAGGUACGGAUUGGUUUGAAAACGGCCGAAAGUCCUGCGCAGCAGCAUUCAGUCAUAGCCCCACAAGUGCCUUCAUCAGGACAUAGAUAUGUUCCCAGCCAUACCCGCACAACGUCCUUCGUACCCAUCCAGUGUACGCAAGACGAGGGUGCGGUGCUGUCAAGGGAGGUGGCAAAUGAGGGUCGAGUCGGGCUGGACGUGGUAGUGAAAGCUAGCAAGAGGUAGGUAUAAAUCCAAUCUAAAGUAAAGCUCCCGCGACCACGGAGUCGACAUACGAAAACGCGUCGGCGGAUCGUUCAUGCGAGCUGCAAACCACUACGGCAACAGUGGCAGACAUGAUAGCAGUAGGUAGCAACAGCCAUAAACAAAGAACCUAUCUUCGCCG